AUGACUGAGGCGGGUGAGAAGAGGGAGCACAGGCAACAGCAAUCUCAGCGGGUCACGCCGUUACCAAAGCUACAGAUCGCGGUGCUGCUGUGGUUCCAGUUGGGGGAACCGAUGACCUCGCAGUGCAUCUACCCUUUCAUUAACGAGCUUGUGAGCGAGCUCAACAUCACCGGUGGCGAUCGGAAAAAGGUGGGCUACUAUGCGGGACUCAUCGAAUCACUGUUCUUUGCAUCGGAAGCCCUAUUCGUGUUGCACUGGAGCAGAGUUUCCGACCACAUCGGCCGGAAGCCUGUGUUGCUCAUUGGCAUGGCCGGCCUUUGCGUCUCGAUGAUAUGCUUCGGGCUGUCAAAGACAUUCAUUGGACUCGUGUUGAGUCGAUGCCUUGUAGGCGCCCUGAACGGUAACCUAGGGGUCAUCAAGAGCAUGAUGGCUGAACUUACCGACCACACAAAUAUGGCGCAGGCCUUUGCUUUACUACCGGUUAUGUGGUCUCUGGGAAGUACAGUUGGCCCACUGAUCGGAGGCGUCCUGUCUAAGCCUCACGACCGAUGGCCCGAAAUCUUUUCGAACCCUUUCUGGGUGAAAUACGCGUACUUUCUACCCUGCGCUGUCGUUGCUGCUUUCGCGGCGCUCACAUUCCUCCUUACUGCAACGCUCUUGAAAGAGGUGGGCAGUGUUGUUCAACAGGGUCAUCCGCAUUUAAGCACUGACGUAUCAUCAGACUGUCAAGAAGCCUCGCAGCCACGAGGGUUCGAGCCUAACUCACAUGAUGCGCCGCUUCCGCUCCGCGCGCUGUUAGUGCGCCCGGUGCUGCUCUCCGUCGCGAACUAUGCCUCGCUCGCGCUCGUUGACAUCAUGUACCGCGCGAUACAGCCUUUGUUCUUCUCGACUCCAGUCGAGCUUGGUGGACUCGGCCUAUCGCCGGCGCACAUUGGAAUCAUGCUCGCGACGCUGGGCAUGAUUAGCGGUGUGUUCCAGGGGUUCCUUUUCGCGAAGCUCGUCCACCGGUUUGGCCAGCGGUUUCUAUUCCUGCUCGGCAUGUUCAUGUUCGGUAUCGUAUACCUGAUGUUCCCCGUCAUCAACUAUGUCGCGGUGAGGGGCGGCCUGUCACCGCUUGUCUGGUUCCUGGUCGUGUUACAGCUUGGUCUGUCGAUAGCGUGCGACAUGACAUAUGGUUGCAUCUUCAUGUAUGUCAACACUGCUGCACCGAAUCGGCAUUCACUUGGCGCCACAAAUGGCCUGGCACAACUGGCAGCAUCAGCAGUUCGAGCUUUCGGCCCGGCUGUGUCGACAUCGCUCUUUGCUGCGUCAUUACAAAAUCACUGGCUUGGUGGCUACGCUGUCUACGCCAUCCUUGUAUCACUUUCUGCACUCGGUCUUCUAGCGGGGAGGCAGUUACCGGUCGAGCUGUGGAACCGUUGA